AUGUUGACUGAUUGCAUUGAUAUAUCGACGUAAUCAAAGGAAUAGCAAAAUUAAGCAUCUAACUAUCCUUAUUUUGUAUAUAAUUUCCCACCUGCACCUUUAAUGGAGUUUCAAAACACUUCUAUUCCACAACUCCAGAUGAGGAAUUCAAGUAAACUUACUAAAUAUUAAUUAGCUGAUUCUGUUUAUAAAGAUAACAUUCAAAUUCCUUAAUUUUUGUAAGGAUUAUCUGUUCCCAGCUUUUAAUUUAACAAUUCUAAUUAGUUUUGUGUUAAUGAGUAAAAAGUAUACAUACCACCAGUUGAAAAUUCUUUGGCUUCUUAUUUUCAUGAUUAAUCUAUUCAAAAACUAAAAUAACAUCAUAAGUUAAAUAGAAUUAUUGUGGGAACAUAAACACUUUGUGAUAUCGAAAUAAUUCUUGUUUAAAGAUAUUUUGAUAUUAAAACACAAGUAUUUUUUAUGUAAAAUCUAAGUUAUUUUGCCCUCCAAAUAUUAGAUAUAAUUUGAAUGAAGAUAAAGCUAUAACAAAUAUGGCAUGGUUAAAAGACAGAAUUAAAAAUAGAUAUAAAAAGCCUGUAACUAUUUAGUAUUUAUUGUUAGAUAAAAGAUUCAAUGUUCGAUUUGAUUAAUGUAUUAGGAAAUAUGAAUGAAUAAGAAAUACGUCAAAUUAAUUGUUUCUAGAAAUUUUCAAGUUAAGGGUUUGAUAAUCUUGAAAAAUAAGUACCAAAAUCUAUUAAAGAAGAGAAACCUUUUUCUGAGAUGAUGUUUGAAAUACAAAUUCUGAUUGCUUAGUUUUUGUUGACAAAAUUUUGA